CCCUCGAUACCACUCGCCAAUAUCGACGAGCUCAACGAACUCUGGGAAGCCGAUGAACGCCUUCCAACGCUAUCAUCACGCCGCGAAUGGUCUAUCGCAAGGAACCUACAACCUACUGCCGUCAAUGAGUGGUGGUGGGCUAGACGGAGGCAAGCACGGGAUCUGGGAGUCGGUUUGUCUUGCGAAAACUACCACCUAUCUGUCAGUAAUCCUCCAGAC